GUUACCUGUAGCCAGCGGUGGGGAGGCUCCGUCUACCUCCUCCUCCUCCUCCUCCUCCUCCACAGCUGUGUACUGUGUGCGCUCAAGUUAUCUACUGUUUCCUGUGCAAUGAACGAUAGCUGGGUAAGUGGAGCGGUGGGCACGUGUUUGGUAUAUAUUACAACCAGGGUGGCCCCACAGACGAGUUCACUCUUAUAACAACGUCUGGUCUACUUCAGUUUUAAAAUAUUUUGACGAGGCUGUGAGGAUUAACCAACUGAGGUAGAGAUGAAAUACAGUGUGGCACAAACCCUCCACUCGGAUCUCCCCCCGAUCAGCUGAAUAAAAUUGGUUGGUAUUAUCAAAUAGUAUAUAGCUGUUAUUGUUAUAGAUUAUGCAAAAUAAUCUCGCACAAAUAGGAAAUGGAAACUUAGCUCAGUGAGCUGUGACAAUCCGAAGUUCACUACGUGAGAGGUGAGAAGUGUGGUAGUCAGCGAUGCGAGGCUCUCGCCCGUGGUGAUCUCCCUCUCAAGUCUUGGGCCUUGCAGUGUGCUGGCAGACAGCAUGCGCACCGGGCGACCAACAUGCUGGCGGCGCUGCGGAAACGUAAAGGUCCUUUGUUCUACCUCGUGUGCUCCGUUGCUGUGCUGGCCUUCUGCUUCGUCACCUCCGCCAGCAGGAGCAGCCGGUCGCAUACCAGAGACGCUUAUCCUUGGCAAAUGAUCAACUACGACGAAUAUGACUGCGGCUGUCCAAGGUCCGGGCCACCUGUCUCAGGGUCCAGCGAGCAGUCACUCUGCAGCGACUGGUCCACCAGCAGAGGAGCGGGACAGAAGGUCGUGUCGUAUACCAUCUACGGCGAUAUGAACCACAAGGGCGUCUACAGACAGUAUUACUCUGCAAUCGAAGACAGAAUUAAAGACGUCGACAAGCACUAUACAGGGUGGAUAUUACGACUGUACCACAACAUAUCCAGAUCCGACCUUGGCGCCAUGGGGUUCAUUUGCCGUCUCUACUGCCACUACCAGCACUUCGACCCCUGCCAAGUUGACCGCCUCUACCCGACGCACCAAACUCGCGCACCGAAACCCCAACAUUCACCAGCAUCGACCUUCGGAUCCACGGGGCCAGAAACUAUGGUCACUGCGCACAUUAGGGAGAGUAAUAGUCGCGGAGUGAAGGAUGGUACAGGGUAUAUGGAGCAAGGGGGCGAGAGUGAGGCAGGAGUGAACACACACAGUCCGAGGAGCGAGAAGCGCAUUCUAAGUCAUCUUCACACCAAACUUCCCAGACGAGAAGGGCAAGAGAGCUACGAGAAGCUCCUGGUGGGCAAGAUGUGGAGGUUCCUGCCCAUGGGGGAUCCGCUGGUGACAGAGUUUCUGGUCCGUGAUACUGACUCUGCCAUCUUGGCCAGGGAAGUAGCCGCUGUUGACCAGUGGCUCCACAACUCCACGGCCCUCGUCCACCUUAUGAGAGACCACCCCAGCCAUAAUGGCCUCAUACUGGCCGGGAUGUGGGGUGGGUCUCGGACCAGAGGGGCAAGUAAGAUGACAGAGAUGCUGAGAGGAAUGCUUCGAUGGCCUCCACGAGACAUCUGGGACUACGACCAGGUUCUUCUUAAGAGGGUUGUUUGGCCUGAAAUUCUGGACACCGUGCUCGCCCACGACAGUUACUUCUGUGGCAAUCCACACUUCCGGUCCCACCAUCGCUCUCAACCCUUCCCGACCCAACGUCAAGAUCACUACUUUGUGGGCUGGGGACCCACCCGUGAUCACGAACUGCCGGGGGUCACCAAGUGUCCCAGCCUAUGUCGCCCGCCUCAACACCAAGACUGGCUCUACUGUUGACCUAUGUUGAUUGCCUCAACACUAGCAUGGGGUAUUAAUACACAAAGUAACAGUCAACAAUAUAUAUUAUAUGUUACAAUAAAUAGUGAGCCAGAACAGUGUUGACUAUAUAAGGUGAGGGCAUCAUUGUAAGAUAGCGGAGAGGUGAGAUGUCUGUGAUAUUCGUUGCCAUUGAUGGGAGGCCUAGUACCUUCUAGUGGAUUUCAGAAUGUCCUACUACAGGUUGUCUUCUGAUUUUUAUAAGACCGUGGCCAAGAUCAGUAAGGCGAGGAAGUUUCAGUUUGGCCGCAUAUUGUUCCCUCCUUCUUUCUCGUAAAUAACCAGUGUAUAAUAGUGUCGAGAUUAGAUGCGUUUCAGGUUCUUCUGUUGGCUUGUCACCAUCCUCAACACAAAGAUUGGCUUUACUGUUGGCCUGCAUCUGCUGUCACAGCAGAGUAUAUAUAUAUGUAAGUACAGUAUAUAUUAUAAAUAUAUAUAAAGAUGAAGUACUGUACAGUUGAUGUUAGAUUAAAAAUCCAGGCCAUCACUGCAUCGCAAGUCAACUACAAUAACAAAUGAUCAUAUAUUUUUUAUUAUAAUACUAAAAUAAAUUCUUACCACAAGAUUCUUGGGUGAUUUAAGACAGCAAAUUGAGAAAAAUAGGAUGGGGUACCACAAUGUAGUGAGGAAAUUUGACAUUUCUUAACUUUGAGUAAAUGUAAUGCAAUUCUUUUUAAUUAGAGAUGGAACCUAAUCAGAUUAGGUUCCUUUAUUUGAAAUGCAUGUAGUCAUAUAUUUAAGAUAGUAUCAUGAAAUCAAGGGUUCCAAACUGUGGCACAGUCUCGCAAAUUCAAUGUAGUGCUGCCAAUUUAAGGCAAUUGAUUGGUAUAAAGUAAAUAGAAAAAAAUUUCUACAGCAACUUAAAUAAAUUUUCACAGAACUUCAGUCCUAAAUGACCAACUGAUAUUUGCCAUUUACUUUACUCUAUUGUCACUAUUCCUAAUUGUUUAAUAUUCUAUUAUUUCUUGCAAUUCAAACAAACCUC